CGCAAAACUAAAAGGCUAGCUGCGCGGCUUCCGCUCCACAGUGGUUCCAUGUUUUAUUGACUGCCGUAUGGAGCGGAACAGCUUUCCUCGUCACCUUGCUUGGCUUCUUAUGCUUUGCUAGGUAGCUCCUAGACACUGCUGUUUGCCUUCUAACCGACUGGCAGUCCGUUAGUUUACAGUGGAAUAUUAACAGUGACUCCAGACCAACGCAUGUAGAGCCUUUCUGAAUACACUAUGUCACUUCAAGAAUCAUUAGGCGGCAGAGGAAAGAGAAGAAAGCUACGUGAUGGAGUUCUCAACAAGAAUCUACAGGACGCGCGCAGGGCGCUGUACCACUGUAACUACUGCCAAAAGGAUAUAUCUCACGUGCCGCGCAUAAAGUGCGCAGAAUGCAAGGAUUUCGACCUGUGCCUGGAGUGCUUUUCAGUAGGUGUGGAGAUCAAGCCGCACAAGAACACGCACGACUACCAAGUGGUGGAGAACCUCUCCUUCCCCAUCUACCACCCGGACUGGGGGGCGGAUGAGGAGAUUCUGCUGCUGGAGGCGAUAGACCAGUAUGGUCUGGGCAACUGGGGCGCCAUCUCGGAGCAUGUGGGCGGCAAGACUCCCGCGCAGUGCCGGCAGCACUACUUCCAGGUCUACAUCGAUGUGGAUUGCAUGCCGCUGCCCAAGAUGACUCCGGAGAUGGAACAGGUCAGCCUCGCGGAGUGCAUUGCACGCGCGCGUCAGGGCUACGCACGACCGCAGUACCGGCCAAGCGGCGGCGGCGACCCACGGGUCGGGAGUGAGCCGCCGCUUGCCAAUUCGCCUCCCCUUGACGGUUUUCUGGAAGAAGGCGACACAGGGGCAGUGGCGGACGGUGUUGCAGCGGCGGCCCCGGGUGAGGAGCAGGCGGCGGGCGGGGCAGCGGCGGGCGGCAGCGGCGGUUCCAGCAAAGGGCUCAAGCGGCACCGGCACGAGCAGCAUCUGGCAGAGGAGCAUGCGGAGGGGUCAGGAGGGGGAGCAGCAGCAGCGGAGGCGCAGGAGGGAGGGGGGGCGCAUGUGCAGACCGGCGGGCGCAGCAUGCACCACGAUCCCUCGCAGCCACCGGCGGCAGCAGCAGCCACCGGCGCGGGGGGCCGGGGGGGCGGCGGGUCGGCUGGGCUGGACGGCGGCGCAGGAGGCGGCCUGAGUGUGGGCGGCAAGGAGCCGUCUGGCCAUGGAAAGCCUACUGGCAGCGGCACCUACGACGCCACCGGCUUCCACCCCAAGCGGCUCGAGUUCGACCCCGAGUACGACAACGAUGCGGAGUGCAUCGUGGCGGACAUGGAGUUUGGCGAGUACGACAACCCCGCAGAUGUACAACAGAAGCUGCAGAUGCUCAUGAUAUACAACAGGCGGCUGGACGAGCGCGAGCGGCGGCGCGGCUUCGUGUUGGAGCGCGGGCUACUCAACACGCGUGCGGCGCAGGUGCUGGAGAAGAAGCGCAACACGCAGGAGAAGGACCUGUACGCGCGCAUGCGGGUGUUUGCGAGGUACCAGUCCCAGGCGGCGCACGAUGAGAUGAUGGAGGGUCUGCUGCUGGAGGCGCGGCUGCGCACCCGCAUCGCGGAGCUGCGGGAGUACCGCCGCAAUGGCAUCCGUACCUUUGUGGAUGCGGAAGUGUACGACACGGAAAAGCGGCGGCAGAAAGCGGCAGCGGAUGCGGCGACUGCUGCGGCCAAUGCCGUUCACGGGCAGCCGUUCGGCGGCCCGGGUCGCGGCGCCGGCUCAGCAGCCGCCAAGGCAGCCAGAGCGGCAGCAGCUGCGGGUGGGAGCAUGGGGGCCCCUGGGGGCUACGGCGCUCUGGGCGAGGACGGCACCCCGGCGGGACUGGGCUUGACGCCCCCUCAGUCGGCGGUGGCUGCAGCUGCUGCCAACACCGCCGCUUCUUCCUCCUCCUUUGAGCUGUCUCGGCCCGCUGCGUCAGUGCCCAUGGGUCGCGGCGCGGGUGCCUCUCUGGCCCUGUGGCGCGCCCGUCGCGGUGUCCCGCUGGACAUCAGCUGCCUGCCCGGCGUGGAGCUGCUGGGCGGGCGGGAGCGGGAGCUGUGCGCAGCGGUGCGCCUGCUGCCGGCGCACUACCUGGCGCUGAAGGACAUGCUACUGCGGGACUGCGAGAAGAACGGACCCAUCAGCAAGCAGGAUGCUCGCUCCUUCUUCCGUCUAGACCCCGCCCGCUCGCUGCGCAUAUACGAGCUGCUGCUGGCGGCCGGCUGGAUCAAGGGCGGGGCGGCUGGAGGCCGGGGCGGGGGGGCAGGCGGCAGCCACAUCCGGGCCAUCACGGCGGGUGGAGAAGCGGAAGUCCUGUGUCAUGUAGGCGAGGAUGGGGCGGGAGCGGACGCCAUGGAGGUGGACGAGCAAGCCGGCGACUACUGAGCCGCGCGUCUACAUGCUUUUGCAGUCUCAUUGCUGUGCCGUCGGGGUGUAAUGCCCACAAGUGUACAACAGAUAGGGUGGUCAAGGAGGUACACGUGAGGGCAAGUCAAAGGGGAUAGGAGACACAAGCGGCAUGUGUUGGAAUGGUGGUUCGUGGAGGAGUCGUUUGGGGCGCCUGGUUUGCGG